GGGGGGUCAGGUCUAUAUAAGAGACCCCUCCCGCUGCCCUUGUUCUUUUGUUUUUCUCCUUUUUAUCCUCAUCCUCGGAUUACCAUCUUGUUUUUCCUUGUGUAUUCUCCUUCUGUUCAUCUCCUACUGUUAUUCUUUUCUUUUUAGCGGUCCUUUCACUUCAUCUGACCCCUCCCAUUUUCUCUUCUCUUUUCUUCGUCUCCUUACAACCCCAUCAUCCCCUUCAACCAAGCCGAAAGGCCGACCAAACGCCGAGCAAGAUGCAUUACAACAACUUCCUUAGGCUCAUGGCCCUCGCCGCCGCCACGGCCCCGGUCCUGGCUCUGCCCACCGGAGGCGAGGCCGGCGUGGCGGCCCUCGAGGCCCGGGACCCGCAGCUGGCGGGCCUCAGCCGUCUCCCCAACUUCAAGAACCCGUUCAAGGGCAUGGGGCGGAAGAAGACCUCUAAGCGCGAGGUUGACGAGGAGGCCGAUGAGGAGGCUGACGAGGCCGCCACCCUGGACGAGGACGCCAUCGAGCUCGUGGCUCGCCGGCUGACGACAAACUAUGGCCUUCCCCCCAAUAACGGAAUGCCGUUCGUGGGCCCGGAGCGGACAAAGCUUCCCAAGCUCCCCAAGCGCAACGUCGACGAGGAGGCCGAGCUUGUCGCCCGCCAGCUGACGGGCCUCAGCCGUCUCCCCAACUUUAAGAACCCGUUCAAGGGCAUGGGGCGGAAGAAGACCUCUAAGCGCGACAUUGACGAAGAGGCCGACGAGUCUGCCGCUAUGGACGAGGCCGCCACCAUGGACGAGGAGGCCGAGCUUGUUGCCCGCCAGCUGACGGGCCUCAGCCGUCUCCCCAACCUCGGUCACCUCAGGCACCCGCUCGGGGGGAAGAAGACCUCCAAGCGCGAGGUUGACGAGGAGGCCGAGGAGUAAGCCUCUUUCGGAUGUGCUGCGUGGUUGAGCUCGGGGAGGAAGCGAGAAUGUAGUAUAGAAGAGAAAAGAAAAAUGGGGGAGAGAUGUCUUGGAACGUGUGGCAUGCUGGCUCCCUCUUGCCAGCCAAUACCUCUAAAUAGCACACGCUUUGACCCUAAUUGCCGGCCUAUGAGAAGCCUCUCCCAUGAGGAUUUGAAUGCUGCUGUUGAGCAUGCACGUACGUGCUGUCGAUACCCUCGUUUCCUCUCAUCCUGGCUCUUGCCAUCUGUUUCAUCGCCAAGAGCCGACCUGUACCAAAGAGCACGCAUGCAGGAGCACAAUGGAGAAACCAGUAACUUGUAUCAUCAACGGCCGAGGUAGUUAUCCCAUGCUCAUGCUUUUAUGCAUAAACCCACCCUACUCACACCUCAUCACGCCGUCUUCCUAGGCUGGCACUCAAGUGCUUGCCAACACUAUGUACCUGUAAGAACGAGCGC